AUGGAGAAACACAGCAGGAGCGGCGACUGUCAUAGACCACCCCCGACAUCACCCAGGGGCCAUCUCAAGAAGAAACUACGUCGGGAGGCACCUCCGAGAUGGCGGGACGACACCAAGUGGGCGCGACGGCCACCUUCAGUGUCGCCCUCGGACCGGUUCCGGGAUGAUGAUGAUGAUGCUCGCGAGUCCAAACCGCACCACCUAGGCGGGUAUCUGAUCGAGUCUGAUUUGAAUAUCCGCGGUAAAUCCCAGGUGCCGCCCGAAUCGGAGACGGGAUCCGACAACGAGCCCGACUCCAAUUCGCUGGGAAAUCUCGAGAGAACCUUCAUAUCAACCGCACAGAGCAUCUUUGCCCAUGUGCAGAACAUCAAGUCUAUCACGACUGACAGCGGCUAUUCACCCACGCACCCCAUCCCGCGCGCGGUCCUGAGAAUCCAGGAGCAGUUGGACCGCCUGAACGAUGUCUACUACGCCAUCGGCGACGAGGUGGACCGCAUGGUGGGCGAGCUGGACCAAUCCGCAGCACGGGAAGAGUCGCUGCGCAAAGAGUUGGAUGAUUGCAAAACGACCAACUUCAAGCUUACUUGUGGUAAGAAGGAUCUAAGCGAGGAGGUCCGCAAAUUGAAAUCGGCAGCGGCUGAGACGGAGGUGGAGUUGCGCCGACUGAAGAGCGUUAAGGAGAACCGCGAAGCGGAACACGCGCGGCUCGAAGCCAGUCUCUGCGAGCUGCAGGAGGAGCGCAGGAGGACGGGCGCCGAGAACCUCUGGUUAGAAGAUACCGUUCGCAAACGGGAUUUGAGCUUCGAGAAGGCCUCGGCAGAGAACCGUAAGAUGCAGAACCUGGUUAAGGAAAGGGACGAGGAAGUGGAAGGGUUGAAGUCUAACAACCUGGGACUCCAAAGCUUGGUUCAACAGCGAGAGGCAGAGGCUGAAGCGGCCAGAGCCGAGAAUUUGCGACUGCAGGGCCUCAUCCACACAAAGGAAGCUCAGAUGGCGUCGCUAGCUGCAACACCGGUCACACCGCUGUCGCCGCGUGCGCCGUUGGGGCAGUUUUCCUCCUCAGCAGGCCCAGCCCUGCCGACAGCCCCACAGGAUCACGACCUUGAUCCUCACGCAAGCUCUCCGCUUCCAUACAUUAAGCAGGAAGCGCCGGACCUCACACCGCCGGGAGUUACCCAAGUUCCGCCCGCCUUGCCCCCCGAGCAGCCACAGGAUUUGAUACAACCUCUCUCCCAUCUCGUGGCCGGCGCCGCAGACGUCCUUGGCAGGCUAUUUGAUAUCGACCAGCCCACACCCUGCGACAAUCCGCUCCUAACACGCUUCCUCAACCACCUCGGCGCCGCCCCAGAAGCUUCCUCCAUCCCCAUCACGCAGCCAACAGCAACCCAAUCCUGGACCCUCAGCGACCCGUGGACCACACACUCCCCGCAGCAACCCAACCUCCGCAUCUCCCUCGAAGAGCAAUUCACCCACCUUUGCCUGCUCUUCCCCGACCCAGACCCCGACCUCGAAUCCGACUACGACGACGUUCACGACGACAACGACACCCCCAACCCCUUCACAUUCCACCUCCUAACCUCCCUCCUCACCACCCUAACCAAAGCCGAUUACUCCACCUCGCCCCGCGCCGGCUGGGCCUUCCUGCAGGCCAUGUCCGCUCCUCCUCCCCUCCUUUCCCGCCCACCCCCCGUUUCCGCCUCCGCGUCCCCUUCUGUUGCUGUUCCCGCGACGGCAACACGCACCGCGCUAUUACGCAUGAUGCUCGCCGAGCUGUGCCGCGCGCUGGCGGCCGCCUUCCAGGUGCUUCCCGGCUCGACGGCCGCGCCGCUGUGGUGGCAGCAGCGGCAUCAGCUGCAACAGCUUGAUGGGGCUGAGGGUCAGGUUGCGCCAGUCCCCCGGCUGGCGGGACUGCUGCGGGACUUGGAUCGGUCUGUGGCGGCGGACGGGGGGUUGCGCGCGUUGAGGGAGGGGUUGGCGGCGUGUGGGGAUGGGUUUUGUGUAUUUCCUUAUUAUGGUGGGGAGGGAGGGGAGAGGGAGAGGGAGGUGGGGUUGCUUCACUGCGGUGGCGGGAGCAGCAGCUUUUUGAUGAUUGAUUUUGGGGAGAGGAGUUUGAGGGCGGUGGAGUGUCGUCUGGCGGGGAUGAGGCCGAAUGCGGCGGAGCCGAGGAAAUUGGAUCUCAUUGUUGCGAGGGAGGGCGAUGGGGGGGAUGGUGGUGCGGUGGAGGAAGAGGAGCUGUUUAGGCUCGCCGCGGCACCGCGGGAUGUGGCGGCGUUUUGGGUCAAGUAUGCUAUGGGCGACGAUUGA